CAGCAGCAGAUGCAGCGGAGAGCAGCAAUGGUCGAGUCAGCGAGAACCGCAGUGGAGCCGCACUGAGGCAAAGCAAGCUAGCCCCUUAUCUGGGGACUAGGACAACACAUAGUUGGAGAAAAAGAAGAGGAAUUUAGAAGUAAAUUGUAUCAACCCAAAACCUGAAUGCUGCCUGUUCAAUCAGAUUAACCGGAUAACCGGAAUUCCAAAACUCCUUGGACCUACAAGAUGACCGUUGUGGCAGGAGAUAACAUGGAUGAGACCGCAGCCGUACCGGGGCACCCGCAGGACGCGUACCCCCCCGACCAUGAAGACCACGACUGCUGCGAAAGAGUGGUCAUCAACAUUGCGGGGAUGCGGUUCGAGACCCAGCUCAAAACUCUCUCCCAGUUCCCGGAGACAUUGUUAGGCAACCCCAAGAAGAGGAUGCGUUACUUUGACCACCUGAGAAACGAGUAUUUCUUUGACAGAAACCGUCCCAGUUUCGAUGCCAUCCUCUACUAUUACCAGUCCGGGGGUAGGCUGAGAAGGCCCGUCAACGUCCCGUUGGAUAUGUUCUCUGAAGAGAUAAAGUUUUAUGAGUUGGGAGUGGAUGCCAUGGAGAAAUUCCGUGAGGAUGAGGGCUUCGUCAGGGAGGAAGAACGUCCUUUACCUGAGAAGGAAUUCCAGCGUCAGAUCUGGUUGCUUUUUGAGCACCCAGAGAGCUCGGGUCCGGCCAGAGGGAUUGCUAUAGUAUCUGUAAUGGUAAUUCUGAUUUCCAUAGUCAUAUUUUGUUUAGAGACUUUACCCGACUUGAAAGAGGACCCUAGGGGUCGUUUUAAGACUGUAGGGAAUCAUACAUUUUACUACAAACCAAACAUCCUAACCGACCCUUUCUUCAUUAUUGAAACUCUUUGCAUUAUCUGGUUCUCGUUUGAGUUGUUAGUGCGGUUUUUCGCGUGCCCAAGCAAGGCAGUCUUCUCCAAAAACAUGAUGAACAUUAUCGAUAUAGUGGCCAUCAUCCCUUACUUCAUCACACUGGGCACGGAGCUGGCUGAGGACCCCGAAGACCAGGACGAGGGCAUGGGGGAGCAGGCGACAUCUCUGGCCAUCCUCAGGGUAAUCAGACUGGUCAGAGUGUUUAGAAUCUUUAAGCUGUCACGACACUCCAAAGGAUUGCAGAUCCUGGGACAGACCCUCAAGGCCAGUAUGCGCGAACUCGGAUUGCUGAUAUUCUUCCUCUUCAUCGGAGUCAUCCUCUUCUCCAGCGCGGUGUACUUCGCAGAGGCCGAGGAGAAAGGGUCGUACUUCGGCAGCAUACCGGAAGCUUUCUGGUGGGCCGUGGUGUCUAUGACAACUGUGGGCUAUGGGGAUAUGGUGCCUGUCACUAUAGGGGGCAAGAUAGUGGGUUCCCUUUGCGCCAUUGCUGGUGUGUUGACGAUUGCGCUCCCAGUGCCUGUCAUUGUGUCCAACUUCAACUACUUCUACCAUAGGGAGACCGAGGGAGAGGAGCAGGCCCAACUCUUAAACGUUAGUGAACCAAACAUUAGUGAAAGCAACUCUAGUCGCCGCAGCUCGUCCACUGUCAGCAAAUCAGAAUACAUGGAAAUUGAUGGAGAUAUUAAUAAUAGCAUCGACAAUUUUAGAGAGGCAAACCUCAGAACUGGCAAUUGCACUCUAGCAAACCAAAACUGUGUAAAUAAAAGCAAGCUGCUCACAGAUGUGUAGAAUCGAAUGAGAAAACAUGGGACUUACAUGAUGCGGUCACACGUUGAGUACGCCAUCCUUUUUGAAUGCUUCAUUCGCCUCCUAUAAGCGCUCUAUGGCAUUAUGACAACAACCAUGCUCACCAAUUUGAAAGGAAUUAUUUGAAAGGGGAAAAUGAAAAUGAAGCCGUUAUAUGAAAAUGAAGCCGUUAUUAGAGAACACGACAGCUAGAGUAAUUCAUUAUUUUAAAAAAUGAUCAUUCAAAUACGUAUUUAAAAAAUAUAAAAAAGAAACAUCAACUUCUAUUUAACACGCACACGCAUAAUCGCGCGCCCUUGGAGGACGACUAACCAACACCACUUAGACGACAUAUCUGUUUUUAUCAGACAAAGCCAGGCGUGAUAAUUAAAACGUUAUGCAUCGGUACAGAUAACAUUUCAGCAAGUGCACACUGCAUCAAUGAUAAAAUGCAUCAUAAAUACCAUCUGCUGCGAAGAGAGAGACACGCAAGUCAGGAUCUGCAGCACCCAGUCAGUGGUCAGGCCGACCGACACCUGGCCUGAAGUCCGAGGCGACUCCUCUACCCCUCUGUCAUCAAAGGAUCUACUAUCCAGCAAAGCACCUUAUAGGAAAAAUACUGAUAACGGAGGAUCACUGAUCUCCUGGUUUGGAUGUUAAAAAGAGGCUGAUGAUCUACUUGCCUCAGUCUGAAAAACCUACGGACAUCCGCAAUGCUGCUAUUUUCCAGCAGUAAAAUGCUGUAAUUAUGAUAUCAGCAAGUGGUACAAUGGCAUUUUUGCCCGUUAGAUGCAAGACAGCACAAUGAUAUAACAGAAGAGCUUCACAUGAGCAUGUUUAGAAGAGACAUACAUUUUGAUAUUGGCAUGCGUGAUGAUGAGACAUAACCUUAUAAUAAUGCUACAAAUAUAUUUAUUUAGAAUUUUCCAUCCCCCUAUGCCUUCAUCCGAUUCCCCUUUAUUAUUCGUUUUCACUUAGAGUGCAGAACUGGUUUGAAAUAGUUUUUGAUUUGAAAAUUCCUAAUUAUUUAGCGAGUGAAUGUUUAAAAAAAUCUUAAGGGAAACAGUAACUAAACGAAGAUCAUAGCAUGAGAAAAAGUCAACUGCAUUAUGGCCUAUCGACUAUGGUACUGUGUAUCCUAGUAUAUCUAAAUGCAUGACGUCAGUAUUCAGCUUGUUGCAAUUACAGACACUGAACGUGUAUCAUACUGUCAUGGAAACGAAACGUGGAAACUUAAAAAAAAUCUCUGAACCGUUUCUGAAAUGUGACAAAAUAUAUCCAAAACCCAACUCGGGGAUGCUGACUUUCUCAUUUAAAACGUAGGAGAUCAAAGAAGCAGAAUAAAUACUUAUUAUCCAAAUGCAUAUACUCAUAAAGCACCAAUUUACAGUAUUACUUCAAUUAUGCAGUGCAUGGACCUUUGAACAUAGAAAAAGUAAACCUAUUAUGAGUCAGGCCUUCCAUUUCACCACUAAAUUUAGGGAUACGUUUGUUUGUUUUCACAAACAAAACAACAGAAACAACUCUCAUUUUACUGAAAUUAGCCUUUGUUUAAUAGAUAUUGCCAAUAAUCAUUUUGUACAUUAGUUGCUAGUGCCUUUACCCCGCUCACCAUGCAACAGGCUCAGUGAAAGUGCCUCUGUGUAUGUAGCCUACAAUGGAAAUCCAUGACAAGUUGAACAGAUCAGAUGCAAAAGAUCUUGCUUGCUUCAGCACUAUGAUGCUGUUAUUAUUGUUGUUGAUGAUGAGGAUGAUGACAAUUGAUUAUUCGGAUCAUUAUUAAUACAGUCAGAGAAUGUUUGGUGAAAACAACCAUGGAAGUGCACUACCAACAUGAUCCAUAGUUGAGUUGACCCAAGACUAGAACAAUAUUCCAACAACCCCCCCCCCCCUAGUACUUUAUACUUCUCCACCCAUGCACCACUUCAAAUCAAAAGUGAAUAUCCAUUGCUUUGCUUUGCUUGUGUUGCUGUUGCAAUUGAUUUAUGUGCCAUAAAGUCUUUUAAAUGUGUCUACCUCAGUGAGGUCACUGCAGAACUCACUGCAGAGCUGCAAGCCAGGCUAUUCUUCGAUGCAUAAACAUGCAACAUGGCCUCUAAGUGGAGUAGACUGUGGUCAUCAGGGCCUGUGUUUAUAAAUGGUCUCAGAGUGCUUGAGUGCUGAUCUAGGAUUAGGUCUCCCCACUGUCCAUGUAAUCUUAUUCAUUAUGACCUAAAAGACUCAUCUGAUCCUAGAUCUGUACUCCUACUCUGAGAUGCUUUAUGAAUACAGACACUGAUGUUAAACUCUUAGAUUGGCCCCUAAAAGUAGCCUUAGAGAAGCACUUAGGUCUUAGGACACACAUACUGCACCAACCACCCGUACCCCUAUCCCAUUUUCCUUCCAAGCUACGCACAAUCAAAAAAUAAAAUAAACACAUUACAAUAGUAGUAGAGUUGACUAGAGCAUAGUGAUGUAGACUGACUGAUUCUCGAAAAACCUGUUGAUACAAAUGGUUUGGUUUGGAUUCUUUAGUAUUACAGUUGUUGAGAAGUAAGGCAGGUUUGCUACUGUUAAAUCAUAGAAAUACCCUGGGCAAUUUUAUCUGCGAAUGUCUGAAAGUGUGCCACACUUCAUUGAUAUGUGUAUUAAUAGAAAUAUAAUUACUCCCAUCCAUCACAGAACAUUGACUUGAAUGGGAAUGUUCAUUCUAGCAAUUCCAUUUCUAAGUGUGUACCUGUCACAGAAUGACAAUGGAGCAGCCAGGGGCUCUUACACUGAUUUUUUAGCAUAUUGGAAUUUCACUCUGGGCAAUAUAAGUGCAUUAUUAGAUGCUACACCGUUUUUGCAGGUUCCAUUUGCUCAAUAGCUACAUGUAUUUCAUAAUUGAGUCUUCCAGCUCUCCGCAAAGCUUACUGAUGCCUUGUGAAUCUUGUUUCGUUAUUGCAGCAAAAUUUGUCCUGUAAGUGUGUGAAAUGACCAGAUGAUUUAGGGUCAAGAUAUAUGUUGCUAUGGUAGCGACACAAUGUCUGUGACACUGAAGUUGAGGGGUUAUACACAAGACAGAUGUUAUGAGACCACACGUAAACAUGGUAAAGAUUCAAAGGCCCUUAUGAUGGUAUGUCAUUUGGUGAAAAGUACUGUACCAUGUUUCCUUUCUCUUUUUCCAUUGGCCUUUACUGUAUGUAUAAACCCCUCAACUAAAAUGUCUCAGCUAGUGAAGCAUUUGCUUUCAUCAGUUUGUGCAAAGGCUAUACCUUUUGUGGACCAGCAGAAAGCCUCUAUGUGCACAUUGGUUAUGGACGAGGCCUUUUUUUGAUUCUGUGAAUCGAGUUGCUGGUCGUUUUGUGCUAUAUGUUAUCGGCUAUGUUCUCUUUAUUUGCUCAUGGUCGUUCUAGUGUAUUGCUGGGGGAACUUGGAAUGUGUCUGUCUACAACAGGUUUGGUGUCUGUCUAUGCGAGAGCCUUCCUAGACGUCAGUUCAUUUGACAUUAUGAGGUGAAUGUGUCAGUGGAGUUGACAUAUCAGUGCAAAAAAUUUUUACUUCUGUGUCAGGGAUUUUUAAGGUUUCUAACCAAGAGAAUGCCAUCAGGUCUUAAGAACAGACAUAUAGAAUACCCCAAAAUACAACAAAUAAAAAGUGAUUAUCCACAGCAACGUUAUCUAUACCAUGUACAGUAGCUAGCUGACCAUCGGGUAAAUUAUAUAGUUUUACCAUAUGUGGUUUCUCUUAUGGCCCAGAAGUGUGGUUGGACAAAACAGGUUCUAUUCCACCAAAUACCCAUGAUGCAACAGUUCAGAGUGAGGUUGAGGGAACACAUGCAAACCCCCUCAUGUCACGAUACCAGUGCAUCCAUUGCUCUUGCUGUGAGGGCAAUCUAUGUAUGGUGCUAUGCAUUCAAUUAUUCUACAACAAAAAAAAAUGCAUUCUUAUAGUAAUAGAAUUGCAGUUACCUGUUUCUUAGAAACCUUUGUAAAAUAGGAGUUGAAUGAAUCUAUUUUAAAAAAGAUGUUGAGGAAAAAGACGAUCUCUUGACAAGACAUUUACAACAAGCGACCAUCCUUUUGAACGGUAGUGUAGUGUUAUUUUUACAGUGACCAUCCAAUCCCCAUCAAACUCAAAGGUUGAUCUGGAGUCGUUUUCUAGUUAGGACCCUAUGUUGAUAAAUGGGGCAAAGUAGUCAGUAGCACCCUCCCGGAGGGAAUUAAUAGCCUGAAAUGCAAUGCACUUACAGCCAGCUGCUGGAUUGAAUGGCUGUGUGUUUAGUGUGAAGGAGAGUCAGAGAAGGUGCCUAUAUUGUUAUUUUUUUAUUAUUUUUUUGCAUUCAUUUGAAACGCUUUCAGAGAUGUAUGUUCUUCAGAAGAAAGACGUGUGUGAGAAGGUCUUUUAAAAAAUGUAAUUCAGAGAAAUGACAACACAAAAACAAAAAUAUAAGUAAACCAUACCUAUCUAAAAAAGUAGUAAGAAAUCAUUUAGCUAUAGUAAAAUAGAGUAUAGCAAGAAAAUAUAUAUUGCAAAAGGCCAAAACCAAUGAUGACUAUCUUUUCAUUGUGUGUCUUAUUUUUUUGACUUCUGUGGCAGUGUACUACGAUUGUCGGAUUGUUUUUAGGAAGAACAUGCCAUAAUAUACUGAAAUAUCAAAUACUCUAUAAUAAUGUGUUCCUCUGGCAAGCCAUGAUAAUUAAACUGAAGUAGCCUACUAUUAUCAAUUUAUUGUAGGCCUACAUUUGAAUGAUAUGGACUACAAUCCACUAUAUUAGCACUAUAUUAGCAUCUGGAUAUAUGGAUCGUCUUCUCAUUUCAUUUAAAGAAAUACUGGAAAAUUCAUCCUAACCAACCACACCAUUUAAGAGCGUUUCCAAAUGCCCAUUACUAAAAACCAACAGAUAAUGUAUAGAUAAUGUAUACAUAUCUCAACGGCAACCUACUGAUCACAAAAACUGCAUGGUCAACAGAAGACUGCAUGAGCUUUUCAAAACUGUGGAUCAGCUAUAAUAACAGUUGCAUCACUUCAAAGAAAACCCUUGCGUUCAUCUACACCAAAGCCUUUUUUAAAAUAUGAAAUACCCUCCUUUAUUAUACAUUUCUGGUUUUCUUUUUAUUGAAAAACAUUACCGUUUGCUUAAGAUAUUGACAAACACUUUGAUCUCGGAUCAGGCGUACCUUCUGGUUUUCAUCUUGGAUCAGGCGUAUCUUCUCGUUUUCAUCUUGGAUCAGGCGUAUCUUCUCGUUUUCAUCUUGGAUCAGGCGUACCUUCUGGUUUUGAUCUUGAAUCAGGCGUACCUUCUGGUUUUCAUCUUGGAUCAGGCGUAUCUUCUCGUUUUCAUCUUGGAUCAGGCGUAUCUUCUCGUUUUCAUCUUGGAUCAGGCGUACCUUCUGGUUUUGAUCUUGAAUCAGGCGUACCUUCUGGUUUUCAUCUUGGAUCAGGCAUACCUUUUGUUUUUCAUCUUGGAUCAGGCAUACGUUCUGACUAUUGACAUCCCAUCAUGUUCAAACUAGCCUGGUCUCAGGUCUGUUUGCGCCGUCUUGCCAACUAUUUGGUCGUUGUCAGGCCAAACAUGUUUGGCAAUUACCAAUGACAACAAUCAUAGGAGUUGGCUGUACAGCACAAACAGAUCUUUGACCAGGCUAUAUGUUCAAACCUCACUUUAGUUAGAAUGGUGAUGAGAGGUGACUAGUUUUUGUUUGAUGACAGGGAUAUGAUGGUAGACGUGUGAUUACUACGAGUUUGUUGUCCUGUCCAUCCAUCAGACAUGCUUCACAUCCCAAAUGACACCCUAUUACUUAUAUAGUGCUUUACUUUUGACAAGAGUAGUGCACUAAAAAAGUAGUGCACUAAAAAGGCAACAGGGUGUGAUUUUGGAUACAACCAUUGUGCAUCUACAUGAAUAGAGGAAUGACAUCCUAUAGAAAACCUAUAAGAAUCUAUGGAAAUGUGACCAAGUGCAUUGUAUUUAGGGAAGCUGGCUUGCUUUGGAGCGAGCAGCUCAGCGGCACGAGGGACUGUUGACUCCUGGGGUCUGUUCAGGAGGGUGCAACGUUACAAGACAUUCAGAUAGAAAUGUAUUGUGCAGAUGAGAUAUGACCAUCUGUCAUGUAGAACAGUGAGUCAUAUCAGCUAUACCCAUUACAUGUCUAACUGCAACAUUCUCAAUGUUUCACGUCGCUGAAUAAACCCAUGCUCUUUUUUAUUAUAAGUAGUCCAUUUGCCUACUGAACUUUGCAAAUGUGUUCUUUUAUGUUUGAUUGUCAUCAUUCAUGUUUUGUUUUACGAGGAUUAUGCUACGAUACGCUCAGUUUGUCAGACGUCUGACAAAGGCAUCGUCUGUGAUCUAUGCAAGGGUAUUUCUUUUCUUACUUAUGUCACAACUCAUGAUUUCAUCGUACAUCAAAUACAAUAAAUUUUUAAGGAUCUCA